GAAGUAGAACAAAAACCUCAAAAAGCUAAAGCAAAAAAAGUCAAGUAUCCAGUUGAAGAUUUGGAAGUGCCACCUGAUAUAAAAUCUAUGUUUUUAAAAAAACCUUCAUUGAGACAAACUUUUAACGUUCCGCAAGAAUGUGUAGGAACCAUGCUAGCAAUUUGGAAUUUCUUAAUAAUCUUUGGGAGGUCACUUUUCUUGUCAUUUUGUACACUUGAUGAUUUUGAGCUUUCACUUUGCCAUAAUGUAGCAAGUCCCAGGUGUAACUUAGUGGUUGAAAUGCACGUUGCAUUAUUAAAUGCAAUUAUUAGAGAUAAAUGGAUUUCAAAGGGCAAAAACCGACAAAUCGUUCCCCUUAAAGUUGCUGUUAAAAGUAACAUGGAUAAUGAAGAAGAAGAUA